UACUAUUGCUAAAUGCAAUGGGAGCCUGAGCUAGUUGUCAUGUGAGGUCUUGUUCAUCCAGUUUGUCAGUGUAGCAGGGUUAGCUUUUUAAUCACAGCCACUCUAAAGGAUUGCUGCUUACACUCUUGAUGAUAAUGCUCCAAGAUGAAGUGGAUUCAACUUUUGAUUCCAUGUUUACUGAUGUCAACUAUUACGUGUGGGUCCCACUCUCUGAAGUUCUUGUCUACUGGACGUGUGCAGCCUGGAGAUCGACCUUUAUUUGAACAACUAACUGUAUUUGAUGGAGUUCCCAUCUCUUACUGUGACACCGUGACUAAAAGAGAACAACUCAAACCUACCCUGGAGUCCCAAAAGUUACCUGAAAACUGUGAUGAAUCGAGUCAUAAUAUCAUAGCGUCUCUCUACGAGAUUCCAAGAUUUAUGAACAGCACAGCGUAUGUUGUACAGCGGCGGCGAGGCUGCAUCCUGUCAGCCAAUGAGAUGGUGUUUGCUUUUGAAGCCUGGGCAGUAGAUGGGAUGGACUUCAUAACCUUUGACCCUGAAUCUCAGAGAUGGACGUCCCAGUCUCCCUCUGCAAUACCAGUGGAACAACGCUGGAACAAACAGAUAGCAAUGAAUAAUGCCUAUAGACAUUUCAUUAAAGAGGAAUGUCCACAGAUGAUCCAGAAAAUUCAGUUAAGACCAAUACACCAGGAAACAGGUUUCCACUCUCUGAAGUUCUUGUCUACAGGACGUGUGCAGCCUGGAGAUCGACCUUUAGUUGAACAACUAACUGUAUUUGAUGGAGUUCCCAUCUCUUACUGUGACACCGUGACUAAAAGAGAACAACUCAAACCUACCCUGGAGUCCCAAAAGUUACCUGAAAACUGUGAUGAAUCGAGUCAUAAUAUCAUAGCGUCUCUCUACGAGAUUCCAAGAUUUAUGAACAGCACAGCGUAUGUUGUACAGCGGCGGCGAGGCUGCAUCCUGUCAGCCAAUGGGAUGGUGUUUGCUUUUGAAGCCUGGGCAGUAGAUGGGAUGGACUUCAUAACCUUUGACCCUGAAUCUCAGAGAUGGACGUCCCAGUCUCCCUCUGCAAUACCAGUGGAACAACGCUGGAACAAGAAUACAUUAAUGAAUUAUGCCUAUAGACACUUCAUUAGAGAGAAAUGUCCACAGAUGAUCCAGGGAAUUAAAUUAAGACCAAUACAGCAGGAAACAGAGCUACGUGUAUUUGCCAAGCCCAUUGUUGACACAGACCAGGCACUGCUGAGGUGUCAUGUGAUGAGUACUGACAAAUCAGUGAGCUCGGUGCAUCUGAUUGGAAAUGGGGCUUCCAGGGCCAGAUGGAUCAUCGUAACUGGACCGAUGCCUGCUGAAGACGGAUCUGUGAUCCUCCGACUGACAGCUGAGAUCUCCCAGAACCCCGACGACACAUAUGGCUGCACAGUACAAACAGGAAGUCACAACACCACUGUCUUUUGGGAUGGGACUACUCUUGAUGGCAGAACCCUUCUUUACCACUGGAGAGCCAUUUGGAAAAUGCUGACAGUAAUCGUUGGAGUCAUCGGCAUUGUGUUGACAGUCACUAUUAUAUCAUGUGUAAUGAUAUGUCUGCUUAAAUGUGUGAAAAUGAAGCCCAGUCCUCCUUCAACAGCUGAUCCACAGCUGGUGGAGCGGUUUACCAGGAUCAUGGAGAGUGUUGCGUCCUCAACUUUGCAGAAUGUUAUUUAUUCAUUCUUGCGGGGUACAGAGCAAAACAGAGAAUUACAGGACCGGUGGGAGAUGGGCGUUAUGUUAAGGGAUCAUAGGCACUAUGAUCCAGAGUACUUUGCUAAUCAAAAUGAGGGGCCACUUUGAUAGUUAAUUGAGGAAUGGAGCAGGGUAUUUGAAAUUGUAGAAAGACAAACAUAUUUAAUUUCAACUGUGAACGUCAGGUUUUGCUGUUAUUUAGCACUGAAUCCAUUAAUCACAGAACUGUGUUUAGUCCUCAUUCAUCAUUAUCUACAGUGACACAUUUGAAACUUUAGAAAUCACAAUUGUUUUGUGUCAUUAUUGGAAAGUUGUAAGGACAACAUGUCAUUUUUCAUAAUGAUCAAAAGUGAAGAAUUGCAUUGCGGAUGUUCACACUGAGAUUUCGGACACUUCAAUACAAUGGUCCAACGUAAAUAUGGUGAACCAUGCAGCAAAUAGGGAAUGAUUUUGGACACAGCUCCACUUUAAAUUUAUCAUGGCCGUUAAUAUGAACAUUAUUGCCACUUGAGGCUACAAAACAUAACUUUCAAGCUGGGGGAAAGUUAAGGUGGGAAAAUAGAAGACUUUCACCUGGGAAACGGAUGUUCCUGUCCCUGAAAUACUACUUAAGAUGACCGGUGUAUGAACCCAAACCAAAAACUUUUUUCAUAUCCUGACAAGUUCUUUUGGUGCCUAAACUUAGCAAACUAUGACAUUUACAAGAAAUGUGUCUACUGUGAAUACUAAAAGAGCCACUGAUGGGACACAAAUUGAAAAAGUGUCCAGUUUAAAGUAUUUGGCUGGAUGAUAAGCUGUCUUUUAAACCACACAUAACUGAGCUUGUGAAGAAAUUAAAGCCAAAAUUGGCAUUCUUUCAUAGAAAUAAAUCUUGCCUCACCCAAAGUUGUAGGAAACUGAUUGUUCUAACUAUGUUUCUAUCAGUUUUAGAUUACGGGGAUGUCAUUUAUAUGCAUGCAGCUUCCUCUACAAAGCCACUUGAUGCAGUUCAUCACUCUGCCCUUAGAUUUAUAUCUGGUGACGGAUUCAGUACCUACCACUGUCUCCUUUAUCAACGUGUUGGCUGUACUUCUCAUGAUGCACUUUAUUUAUUUACAAAGCCUUGCCUAUAUGUUUAACAAGCUUGCUGAAUUUAAAUCGUAUCACUAUAGCACUCGCACUAGUGAUUCCUUGGUCUUAAAUAUUCCAUUUGGUAGGACAGAAUUAGGCAAAACUGCAUUUGGGUAUUAUCCUCCAUAUAAAUGGAAUUACCUGCAUAUUCUAAUGAAAUUAAACAGCCUGAUUCCAUAUAAUCACUUUAAAUGUCUUCUUCAUGAGACUAUGUAUUCUGAAUGUAGAUGUGCACUUUGAGUUGUUUAACAUUCUGUAAUUGUUUUGUGUGUGUACUGUGUAUUGCAACUGUAUAUCAUAUAUGAACUAUGUUCAGUAAUUUCUAUAUAUAUUGUCAUUUUAUAUUGCAUGUAAUCAGGGCGUCAUUGGAAAUAAGAGCUUGCUCUCAAUUGGCCCUCGGUGAAUAAAUACCGCCAGUUGCAGAUAUUUCAUAGGAUAAUAUGCAAACCCCUUAAUGAUAAUACGUUGUUCUUUUUAUUGCUACUGUGUGUAAAUAAUGUUUACACAAAGCUAAGUAUUGUUUUCUAUAUUUUACAGCUAUUUUAUUUCAACUUUUCUACCAUCAUAUGUAGCGUUUACCAUGCUGUAUAAUACUGUGAAUCUUUUCUCAGAUCUCUGCUGCUUUUUUUUUUUAAAUCCAAUAAAAUAAAUGACUAGUCUGUCCACAGUUUAGGGGAAUCUCAGCAGGGUUUCUUUCCUCUCCUGCACAGUUGUAUUUUAUGGUUUUUUUUCUUCUAUUAUUUGAUGUCAUAUUUGUGCAAUAAAAACAAAUCAAACUUUUAA